AUGACACAGAACAAGAUCUCCAUCAUGGGCAUUACAGACAUCAGGAAAAAAGGGACAGGUACAAAAGAGAUCCACUCCAACGUUGUCCUCAUUUGGAGCGGGGUAAGAAAAGAGCAAAGAGCUGAACACGGUGUGGGUUUCAUCAUACACCCAGACAACGCAAAGGAAAUAUUGAAUACAGAUUUCAUUUCUGAAAGACUCAUCAAAAUCAGCAUUAGAGAGGGCAAAAAGACCACAAGCUACAUUCAGGUGUAUGCACCGUGUAACGACUCCUACUCAGACGAAGAAAAGGACUCUUUCUUCGAACAACUCUCGGACUUAAUUAGCAGCAUCCCAGACGAGGAAGAUCUUUAUGUAGUGGGAGACUUCAACGGAAGAGUCGGAGAGAGAAAAACACCGUGGACAAAAUACCUGGGUCCACACAGUGACAACAGAACACCAAGCAACCAUGUGUUGGAACUGUGUGGAGAGCACGACUUAUUCAUCACCAACACCUUCCAGCACAGAGCCUCUCAGAUGUACACGUGGUACAGAUGGAACAACAUCAAGGUCUCAUCUCAGAUCGACUUCAUAUUAGCGAGAUCUCGAAUGCAGAUCACAAUCACAGACUCAAGAGCCAUCCCCAAUGCAGGCCUGGACACCGACCACAGGCCAAUCGCCACAACGUUGACCACCAAGAAAGAAAGAAAACCAAAAAAAAGACAGCAAGAGAGACCUAACAUGCAUAAACUAUGA